AUGGGAGGAUCUAGGAACAAAUUUGAGAUUCUUAACUCUAUUGAUCCUGAAAGUUUGUUGCCUAUUGAGGACUUUGGUAGAAAGCAGAGAGUUGCUUAUUUUGGAGUGGCAAAAAUUGUUCAAGAUUUAAAGUUAAAAAAGGAGCAUGUUGAAAAAGUUAAGAAAUUGGAGGACAGAGGUGGUGCUUCUUCCUCCUCCAUUGUCCCAUGUGCAUUUGGGGGAAAGAACUUUUGCAUAACUGCGGUCUACGAUUCAAAUGAUGGUAGCACUCGUAGGCAACUGUGGAAUCAAUUGAAUUCAUUGGGAUGUACAGUGGGUAAUAUGCCUUGGUUGAUAGGAUGUGACCUCAAUUUAAUCUUAAGUGCUGAGGAAAGCUCGGUUUAUCAAGAUACUAACUUGACUCGUAAAUUAGACCGUGUGCUUGUGAACUCGAAUUGGAUAGAAACGUUUCCUGAAUUAUAUGUUGAAUUCCAAGCUCCUGGUGAUUCGGAUCAUUGUCCAACUUUGGUUUGGCUACACAAAGAAGCCCCUAUAGCUAGAUAUAAACCAUUCAAGUUUUUCAACUUUUGGGCGAUGCAUCCUGAAUUUUUGUCUAUUGUCGAGAAGUCUUGGUCGACCCCGAUUGUAGGAAAUCCAACUCAGUUGGAAGUUGAAAGGGAAUUGAAAAUUCUUGAGGAGGCUGAAUUGCUUUUCUACAAGCAGAAAGCUAAAGUCAAUUGGAUUAAAGAAGGAGGAAGAGCAGCACAAUUAGGGUCCUUUAUGACCAAGCUAGAGCUAGGCUUGACACUUUUGAAGACAUGUCCAACGAGAAAUAAAGGAACCAUAUGGGGGCAAGGAAAUGACAAAUCCCCUGGACUUGAUGGCUAUAAUCCUUACUUUUUCAAGAAAGCUUGGCCGAUUGUUGGUGAGGAUUUCAAAGCUGCCAUAAGUAUGAUUUCUAAGAACCAGACUGCUUUUGUAAAGGGGAGGAGCAUUGCAGAUAACACGCUCCUUGCUCAAGAGCUUGGCCUGCCUGAUAAGUUUAUUGACUGGAUUUGGGCAUGUUUUACAAAGCCUAGCUACUCUGUUGUGUUUAAUGGUAGCUUAGUUGGUUAUUUUAGAGGUGCUCGAGGUGUAAGGCAAGGCUCUAUUGACUCUAUUAUUGGUGUUCAAUCUGUUUUAGAUGUAUUUUACACUAUGUCAGGUUUGAAAUUAAAUGCCAGUAAAUGUGAGAUAUAUGUAGUUGGGAUUUAUGUUGAGCAGUGUAUUGAUAUAAGAUGGAUUAAAGGAUUUAAGAUAGGGAAACUUCCUGUGAGAUACUUGGGAAUUCCUUUGGUGACUAAAAAGCUUGCAGAGAAAGAUUGUCAAUGCCUUAUUGAUAAAAUACAGACUAAGCUGAAUUUAUGGGUUAAUAGGCAACUGAGCUUCGCUGGUAGAUUACAAUUGGUUCGUGUUGUUUUAUUCAGCAUAGCAAAUUACUGGUGUAGACAGAUUAUGCUACCACUAGCGGUAAUCAAGAAAAUUGAGCAGUUAUGUUAUCGGUUCUUUUGGAAGGGGGAUGACUUACCUGCUAAGGUGCUUGAGUUAGUUGGAGGCAAAUUUGUUUGCUGA